GGCCGGCGGCGGGGGGCGGAGCGCGGCCGCCCCGGGAUAAGGCGCGGUGCGGGGCAGGGCUGAGCCCACCGGAGCUGCGGGCAGCACCGAGCCCACCCGCGCCCGCAGCCCACCCGCGCCCACCCGUGCCAUGCCCCGGCGGCGCGGCGGGGGUGAAGGGGGCGAGCAGCCCCCCCGGCGCCGGCCAUGAGCCCCCGGGCAGCGGGCAGCGCCUGAGCGGCGGCCCCGCCAUGCGGCCCCCCACGGCUCGCGACCUGCCCCAAGGCGGGCGCCUGGCGGCCCUGCUGCUGGCGGCGCUGGCGUGGGUGCCCGGCGGGGCGCCCGCCUGCCCCGCGCUCUGCACCUGCUACGUCUCGCCGCCCACCGUCAGCUGCCAGGCCAACAACUUCUCCUCGGUGCCCGCGGGGCUCCCGCCCGGCGCCCGCCGCCUCUUCCUGCAGAACAACGUCAUCGGGGCGCUGCGGGCGGGCACCUUCGGGCCCAGCACCGUCACCCUCUGGCUCUACUCCAACAACAUCUCCUCCAUCCAGCCGGGCACCUUCCGCCACCUGCCCGCCCUGGAGGAGCUCGACCUGGGUGACAAUCCCCACCUCCGCGUCCUGGCCCCCGACACCUUCCACGGCCUCCGGCGCCUCCAGGCCCUGCACCUCUACCGGUGCCAGCUGGCCAGCCUGCCCAGCGCCAUCUUCCGCGGCCUCCACAGCCUCCAGUACCUCUACCUGCAGGAGAACGGGCUGCUCUACCUCCAGGACGACCUCUUCGCCGACCUGGCCAACCUGAGCCACCUCUUCCUACACGGGAACCGGGUGCGGGCGCUGUCGGAAGGCGUCUUCCGCGGCUUGCCCAGCCUGGACCGCCUGCUGCUGCACGCCAACCGGCUGGUGGCCAUCCACCGCCGCGCCUUCCGGGGCCUGGCCCGUCUCACCAUCCUCUACCUGUUCAACAACAGCCUGGCGGCGCUGCCAGGGGACCCGCUGGCCGCCCUGCCCGCCCUGCAGUUCCUGCGCCUCAACGCCAACCCCUGGGCCUGCGACUGCCGCGCGCGCCCGCUCUGGGCCUGGUUCCGCCGCACCCGCGUCUCCAGCUCCCCUGUGCCCUGCGCCAGCCCCCCGCACCGCCGCGGCACCGACCUGCGCCACCUCCGCCCUCGUGACUUCGACGCCUGCCCUGACGAGGAGGAGGAGGAGGAGGAAGAGGAGAAGAAGAAGAAGAAGGAGGAAGAUGGCGGUGGGGUGGCGGUGAUGGGCACCCCCGGGCGGGCGCUGGGUCGCCCCGGCACCCUCCCGGCUGCGCCGCCCUCUGCUUUCUACCGCGACGGCUUGCCCCCCCACGACCUGCGGGGACCCCAGCCCCGGCCGCCCCCCCCAUCCCGCGACUCCCGGGGCCCCCCCAGUGAUGCCCGCUGCCCCCGGGCACCCUGCGCCCCCACGGCCGCCGCCACUGUCCUCCUGCCCCCCGUCCUCCUGCCCCUCCUGGGGCUGCUCCUGACCCGGCUCUGAGCCCCCCCAAGGGGGUCCCGGCUCCUCGGGGGGGCCUGUGCCCCCCUUCUCCCCAGGGGGGCUCCUAGAACUGUGGGGGGCAGCUGGGGUUGGGGGGGUGCAGGACACAGGGGGGUCGUCCCCCCAAUCCUGAACGGGAAAAACCCGCAACAGGAACCAAAAGGUGGGAAAUUAUUUAUUAAAAAUGGUCUUAUUUUGGGAGAGCGAGGCCUGGCUGCUGCGGGGGGGGGAGGCGGGGGGGCUGCUGCCUUUCCAGGUCACCGCCUGCUCCUCCUGAAAUAUUGAUGUCCCCGUCACCGCCGCGGCGGCUGGAGGGCAGCGAGGCAUGCACAGCUCCCUGCGGGGACCGAGGGGGGGGACGGACAGACACACCCCCCCGGCCAGUGCUGCCCCCCGAGCCGUGGGGCUGGCACACACAGGCACCCCCUGCCACCACAGGGCCCGGUGACACGACCGCCAUCACCCUGCCUUGGUGACACCCGUGGCGCUGGCACCCCAAACCCUUGGCGGGGGGUGGCACCACAGGCGGGUGUAACGGGAGCCACAGGGCCACCAAGCUGCUACCACCCGCGCUGUCACCCGCAUUGUCACCAGCGCCGUCCCCCGCGCCCUGCACGGCCUGACCCACUUCCCAGCAGCCGCCGACGCAUGGAUGGUGCUGAGCUGCGGACGGACGGAGCCCACCCUGGCCUGGGUCCGGCUGGGUGGGUGUCACCCCUGGGGU